AUGCCCAAGAACAAGGGAAAGGGCGGUAAGAACCGUCGUCGUGGAAAGAACGAGAACGACAACGAGAAGCGUGAGCUCGUUUUCAAGGAGGAGGGCCAGGAGUACGCGCAGGUCGUGAAGAUGCUCGGUAACGGCCGUCUGGAGGCUCUCUGCUUCGACGGCGAGAAGCGUCUGGCUCACAUCCGUGGCAAGCUCCGUAAGAAGGUCUGGAUCAACCAGGGUGACAUUAUCCUUCUCUCGCUGCGUGACUACCAAGACGAAAAGGGCGACGUCAUCAUGAAGUACACCGCCGAUGAGGCCAGAAGUCUUAAGGCCUACGGCGAGUUGCCCGAGCACGCCAAGAUCAACGAGACCGACACCUACGGCCACGAGGGCUUCGAGGACAACGUCGAGUUCGACGAGGACCGCGAGAGCGAAGAAGAGAAGGAGAUCGAUGUCGACGAGCUCUAA